AGCUCUUUAAGCCCCAGUGUGCGACACAGAGCGGGCAUUCAUAGCGGGGCAGCGCGAGCGAGGGGGCUGGGGAGUGAGCGGGAGCGUCACUUUGGGAACUCGGGAACUCACGGACUCUAGUGCUAAGCGGGCGACCUCCUUUUUCAAUACAGAAGUGUUUACUGUUAACGUGUGGUGUAAAACAGACGUGAAGACAACAUACACACACACAAGUGGAUUACCAGACAGCGGAUUGAGAAAAGCAGCUCCCUGAGGUUUUACCAAAUUUAAACCAUUCAAAGGCGCGUAAAGCGUGGGACUGCACCCGUACGAAUGGAAAGAACUUUAAUGUGCAAUUCGAAUAGAAUUGCGGAGAGAAGACUGAGAGUUGAAACUGAUUGGAAAUUUAUAUAAACAAUUUUCGAAUGGAUAAAAUAAAUCAAUAAACGUAUUGGCACAAAAGAAAGCAAAUCUCUACCAAGGGAAAGUAUUGAUUCGGUACAACCCUACGUAGUCACUCCGACAGAAAAGCAGCAGAGCAAUAAGUAGCCUGCUUUGUGCAACGUUUCCAGGAGAAAGUUUAUUAUAGUGAAUAAUAAGAUGUCGGGAGAGGAACAGAGCUUGUCUGAGGUGGAGAUGAGUCCUGGCGUCUCGGAUGAUGGCCACUCCAUGUCUCCUGGCCACUCCUCGGGGCCUGCAGGUGGAGCGGACUCACCUUUGUCUGGACAGCAGCCACAGCUGUCAUCGGUUGGAGAGGAAGGUGGCAGCAGGGUCUCCAUCAAGUCUGACGAAGAGGAUGACCGCUUCCCCAUUGGUAUACGCGAGGCGGUAAGCCAGGUGCUGAACGGAUACGAUUGGACGCUAGUGCCCAUGCCGGUGCGCGUGAACUCAGGAAGCAAGAGCAAGCCGCAUGUGAAAAGACCCAUGAAUGCCUUCAUGGUGUGGGCGCAGGCCGCGCGGCGAAAACUCGCUGACCAGUACCCUCACCUGCACAACGCCGAGCUUAGUAAAACAUUGGGGAAAUUGUGGAGGCUCUUGAAUGAAAAUGACAAGCGGCCCUUCAUCGAGGAAGCAGAGAGGCUGCGGAAACAGCACAAGAAGGACUACCCGGAAUACAAAUACCAGCCGCGCCGCCGGAAGAACGGCAAGCCCAACUCCAGCACUGAGGCCGAUGCCCACUCAGAGGGUGAGGUCAGCCACAGCCAAUCACACUACAAGAGCCUCCAUCUAGAAGUGGCCCACGGCGCAGGGGCAGGGUCUCCACUGGCCGAUGGGCACCACCCCCACGCUGCAGGCCAGAGCCACAGUCCUCCAACGCCCCCGACUACGCCCAAGACUGAGCUGCAGUCCGGGAAGUCCGGCGAGGGGAAGCGAGAGGGUGGCGGAGCCGGAGGCUCCCGUGGGGGCCUGGGCGUGGGAGCCGAUGGGGGCUCCGGGUCAGCGUCCGGUGCCGGCAAGCCCCACAUCGACUUUGGGAACGUGGACAUCGGUGAGAUCAGCCACGACGUCAUGGCCAACAUGGAGCCGUUCGAUGUGAAUGAGUUCGACCAGUACCUCCCACCCAACGGGCACCCGGGCGUUGGCGGUAGCUCGGGGGCUGCCGGGGCGGCGGGCUCGUCCGCCUCGCCGUACGCCUACGGCAUCUCCACGGCCCUGGCGGCGGCCAGCGGACACUCGGCCGCCUGGCUGUCCAAGCAGCACCAGCAGCAGCAGCAGCAGCAGCAGCAGGGGCACCACGCCGCCUCGCUGGCCUCUGACCCGUCCAAAGCCCAGAUCAAGAGCGAGGCUGGCCCGCCGGUGGGCCACUUCGCCGGGGAGGCGGGCAGCAGCGGCUCCCACGUCACCUACACCCCGCUCAGCCUGCCCCACUACAGCUCGGCCUUCCCCACGCUGGCCUCCCGCGCCCAGUUUGCCGAUUACGCCGACCACCAGGCCUCGGGCUCCUACUACGCCCACUCCAGCCAGGCCUCGGGGCUCUACUCGGCCUUCUCCUACAUGGGGCCCUCGCAGAGGCCCCUCUACACAGCCAUCACAGACCCCUCCAGCGUGCCCCAGUCCCACAGCCCCACGCACUGGGAGCAGCCCGUCUACACCACCCUCUCGCGUCCUUGACAGAGACCUGGAGAAGAAGAAGAAGAAGAAGGAGAAGGAGAGGAGGUGGAGGAGGAGGAGAAAGAAGGGGGAGAAGGUGGCGGAGGAGCGGGAGGAAGAAGAAGAGGAGGAGGAAGGAGAGGAAGAGGACAGCGCCUCGGCGUCCCACAGCCUUCGCAUCACAGAGCGGACGGCUGGAGAGCUGGGGAGAUGCAGCCCAGUCCGACCCACUCUGGUCCGGUGCCAAACCAGACAAGCCAGCAGGGCUUCGGGGUGACAAGUGGGGCUUGGAGUUCUUGGGGUAACAUGGAGUAGUGUACAGUACACAGUUACUUACUGACGGCUAGGUAGUACGAUUUGAUUCAUUGUUUGUGAAUGGGGGAGUGUGGGUGUUGAAAUAAGGAAUGAUGCCAACAAUCAAGACAGAUUUGUCAUUUUAAACAUGGAAUUAAAAUAAAAUAAGUAGUGAAAAUGUUUAUUGUAACAACCCCAUUUAUAUCUCAGGCAUAAUGUAACAGGACACGUACAGUGUCUUCUUCAAGGCUUAUCAUUUCCAAGUAUUUGUGUAUCCUCUCAGUGUGAGGAAGUGCCUUCAUGAUACAGACACUGUGUAGUGUAAUGGGAAGUUUGUCACUGCAUUGUAGGGAGUACUAAUAAACAUGACCAAAGUUUUGAGACCAAAACUUUAAAGACCAAGAAAUUAACUGGUUUUAAAAUAAGCAGGCCUCCACUUAUAUAUAUAUAUAUACAUUGCCAUUGCCAUCAUACUCUUAGGUCAGUUACUUUUCUAUUUGGAAACCAUAUAAACAACAAGACUACGGUGACUGUUAGCAUUUCCAAUUCGAUCUCGUUGAGCAGUUCUCUCCAGCACUGACUACUGAUGUAAUUCCGAACUGCUAUAGGAAGAUACUAUUUUACAGACCUGGGACAGACACUGAAAGACAAUAUUAUGUGUACAUUCAUAGGCGUUGAUAAUUGUUUUAAAACAGUAAUCUUUUUCUAUUAACCAAAAUAAAGGUCUUAUUCAUUAAUCAUAAUACAGUAUUUUUCAUGUAGUCGUCCAUGUAGUGUUUAAUAUUAAUGUCAAUGUUGUCAGUUUUUGUUGCCAUUACUACACUGAAAAGUCUGCACCACUGCCCUUCAAUUUUUAUAUUCAAAAUUUGUUUGACAUUCAAAAUGUGUAUAUACUUCAGUGUCAAAUUAUAGUUUUGUAGAUACUUGUUAUGUAACUUUUUUUUUUGCUCUCUUUUAAGUGCUUAUCUGUAGUUCAACAAAGUGAAGUCCAUUUGCCUGAGAUUGUGUGAGACAAAAUGAGAAAAUAAUUGUAACAGAAAACAAAUUACUGUUAACCUCAUUGUCACAUUAGACUAAUGUUUAUAAUGGCAUGAAAUACAAUGAUCAUUCGACUCACCCACACACACAUCAUUCAGGAGAUACUGUGGAUAACUUCAGUGAUUAAACCAUGACCUGUGCAUUUAGACUGUUAUAACGUAUGGAUGUUGUCAAUGUGUGGACUGUGCCAUUUUGUCAGAGGUGGACUGUAAAAAUGAAUCAAAGCGAUUUAAACCCAUGCCAUUUCCAAGCCAGAGGACCAGUAAUCUGCACAGAUUUAAUCGUCCAUUUUGGGUGCCAUACAAUACGAGUUAAACCUUACACCAUGGUUACACAUAGGUUCAGUAUUUAUAUAAGAAAUAUAAGAGGGACAGUUAUUUAAUGUAUGUUCCUUUCAUCAGACUAUUAAUUUAAGUAAUUUCUCUAUAUCCUUGUUUGACCCAGUGCAAGAUAGGGUACCAUCUUGAUAUCAUUGCAAUCUUUCACUUCGUUGCCUGAUGUCUUGCCUUUCGUAGUAUUAUAAGCAAAAACAUGUUCGUUAUAUAUUACAAAUUUUUUAUUUAUAUUUGCUGGUAUUAUGUUUUGUUCACUGUUAACUGUUUUUUUGUUUUCCUUAUAUGUUGAAAGCCUAUGACUGAUACUGUUAUGUUAUUUUGUACUUUCUCAGCUACAUUGCCAGCAAACCAGAACACCAAUGUAAAUAGUAGAGAUGAAACUUUAGAGACAGAAUGACUAAUGAAUUCUCUCACACUAAAUAAAUCUGUACGCUUCCUGCUUUUGUAAAAAAAAAAAGGAUCUCCAGUGGUGGUUCAUAAAGUGGCCCUUC